CUACGGUGGCUGCGCUGGCGGGGCGGAGGAGGCUCGGUUCUCUCGCCCGGCCGCCAUGACCGCGCACAGCUUCGCGCUCCCGCUGAUCCUCUUCUCCGCCUUCUGGGGCCUCGUGGGCGUCGCCGCGCCCUGGUUCGUGCCCAAGGGGCCCAACCGCGGGGUCACCAUCACCAUGCUGGUCACCGGCGCCGUGUGCUGCUACCUCUUCUGGCUCAUAGCCAUCUUGGCUCAGGCAAACCCCCUGUUUGGGCCCCAGCUGAAGAAUGAGACCAUCUGGUAUGUGCGCUUCCUGUGGGAGUGACCUGUUGCCAGUUCAGAAGGUACCAGGAAGGACAUGAGAUCAGCACCCAUAUAUCAUGCUCCUUCUGAAAUCCAGAUGUUGCCCCAUCCUCUGCACCCUCCAGUGCUGUCCUGCCAGAGUUGGUUCCCAGGUCGGACCAGCUGCAGCGCCACACCUGAGCCACUGCAUCGAGGAACCAAAAAGCAAAGGGCCACCUGUGCAGCCCUGUCUGAGGCAUGAUCCCCACCCCAAGAUGGGCCCUGAGAAGUAGGAUUUCCCCUAGCAGAGCUGGGCCUAAGCUCCCUUUUCUGAGCCAGGCACUGCAGAGGAAAGUCCCACCUCCUUAGUGUGGGAGGGAUUCUGAAAUGGUGGCUGGUUGAGCUCCGGUUCCCAGGGAAUUGGCUGGUGCUGAAGACCACCCCUACCCCUUCCCUUAAAGGACAGAUACAAGGACCCCUGGGAGCAGCACCACUUGCCUCUGUUUAGCCCUUAAAGGAGGGAGUGGAGACCUGAGUUUAUCCUCAUGAUUCCUGUUGCAUGAAAACCUGUUCCCAAACCAGCCAUAGAAUCUUAGGCCUCUUCUGGUCCUGGCAGCCUCUAUCCUCUGGGCCUGUGCAUGUGAGAACCAGAACCCGAGGCAUCCUCUGAAUACUGAGCCCCCUUGGGGUGAGGUACCUGGACCAGCAUCCCUGCUUUCAAGAUAGUCAACAAUGGCCACCAAUCAGAACCUAUUUCUGGGAGGGGGAGUCCUAAGGAAUAGGAUACUGACAUGGUGAGUGGGUAGGUCAGGGUGGGACUUUCCUGUGUCAGUCUGGAGGGAGAGGACUCCUCUUUCCCUCCCCCUGAGCCUCCCAGAGAUCCUGGUCCUGGAGCUGGUACCACAGACACCAGGCUCUUCUCUGUUCAAAGGGUUGCCACUCCCACCCCCUCUUGCGUGUUCUGGUUGUGGGGCAGGUGCUGAUAAUCUGGGCAGUGUCCCGGCCUACCCCUCCCUUUCCCAUAGUUAUUGGUUAACUGCAGUGUAUUUAUUUGUCUUGUUUGGUAUGUAAAUUUGUGUUGUGAAAAUAAAUGUUUUUCUAGUAA